UUGCUAGGUAACGGUAUCUCUCACCACCACCCUGACUCAUUAUCCUGAACUGCUGAUCCUCUGCCUCGGGCUUUCUUCUCAAAACCCGCCCUCUUUGGGACCCUGAAAACAGGAGGAAAGGAGAAGCAAGACCCUAGCCAUCACCCUGAGCGACCUGUGUCUCUGCUACCCGCUGUUUCUCUGUGAAGAGCAGCUGCCUGGACCAUUAGGUCACUGCCAACAUGAGUCUGGGCAUCAUGGAUGAGGAAGACCUGGCCGAGUACUUCCGGCUACAGUAUGGGGAGCGGCUGUUGCAUCUGUUACAGAAGUUCCCCAAUGUUGAGGAGCAGUCCGAGUCGCCAUCCAUCCGGCUACUGGAGAAGAAAAAGGAAGCCAAGAUCAUGCAUCACGCUAUGGAGCAAAAGAAGGAGACAUUUCAGCGCAAAAUGGAAACCCUGAACCUGCGCUGGGAGGAACUGGGCAUCAAGGAAGCCCAACUGAAGGCCCACAUCCAGAAGUUUGAGCAGUUCAUCCAGGAGAAUGAUCAGAAACGCAUCCGUGCCAUGAAGAAAGCCAACAAGGAGCGCGAACUCAAGAGACAGCGCAUGCGGGAGCUGGCCAAGGCCAAGCAGGAGAUGGCGGCCCUGCGGCUAGAACACCAGCAGCUGAGCAUCAAGCUGCAGGACUACUCCAUCUUUAACAAGUACCUGGAGAAGGUGGUGGAGAACUCCGAGUUUGAGGAGAUCCAUGAGGUGAUCGCACGCUACAAGACGCUGGUGAGCAUGCACCAUGACCUCAUGCAGUCUGCACAGGAUGGCCAGGAGAAGAUAGAGCACGCCAAGGCACGGCUGGCACGCUACAUGGAGGAGAAAGAUGAUGAGAUUCUGCAGCACAACAACGAGCUGGCUCGCCUGCAGAUGCGCUUUGACCGCGCCCGCGGCGAUGUCAUCAUAUGGGAAUCUCGCUGGGCGCACAUUCAGAACACCGCCGCCAAGAAGACCCUCCUGCUUGGCACCAUUAAGAUGGCAACGCUGAACCUCUUCCAGAUCGUGAGCAAGCAGCUGAAGGAGGCAUCCAGUGUGUCACUGGAAGACACGCACAAGCAGCUGGACAUGAUCCAGCAGUUUAUCCAAGACCUGUCAGACAUCUGGAUAGAGGUAAAGAAGAAGGAACAGCAGCAAAGCCGUGUCUAA